AGAAUCAUCCGAUGCACCUGCAUGGGUAUAGCUUCUAUUUGAUCGGAAAGGGGUAUGGGAACUUUGACAAUGCCACGGAUCCUGAUUUGUAUAAUUUGGUGGACCCACCUGAGGUCAACAUUGUUGGGGUCCCUAAAAAUGAAUGGGCUGUCAUCAGAUUUAGAGCUGAUAAUCCAGAGGUAUGGUUCAUGCAUUGUCAUUUGGAAAGACAUUCUAGUUGGGGAAUGGAUACAGUUCUAAUUGUGAAGAAUGGGAACACCGAAGCGACGAGUAUGCGGCCUCCUCCAAAUUACUUGAAUCCUUGCUAAGGUUUUCACUUUUGCUUCUUCAUUUGGAAGGGAUAUUCCAAGCAGGCUCGAUCGAAUGAUUGGAUCUCCUCUAGCUAUUAAUAUGUACUAUAUUGUUAUCAUGUGGAAAUUACUUAAUAAGGGAAAUAAUUGCAUGCAUGCGAGAAGUCAAGUUUAGUCCAUUGGUUUGAUGAGAGCG